CCCAUGAGACCGCGCGAAGCAUCAGCCAGUUACCCAUAGUGCAACAGAGAUUCCCUUCCUCUCGGUUUUGGAAGUGGCUAAGCAAGAUGUCGUUACUUGACGGUCCCCUAAAUGUGCUCGGACAGAGGACGAGUGGCGAGUCAGUCCGAACUCAGAAUGUCAUGGCAGCAUCCUCUAUCGCCAACAUCGUGAAGAGCUCACUCGGUCCGGUUGGGCUCGAUAAGAUGUUGGUGGAUGACAUUGGGGACGUGACCAUCACUAACGAUGGAGCGACCAUCCUGAAGCUCCUGGAGGUGGAGCACCCAGCGGCCAAAGUGCUGUGUGAGCUGGCCGAACUGCAGGACAAGGAGGUGGGGGACGGGACCACCUCUGUGGUGAUCAUCGCCGCGGAGCUGCUGAAGAGCGCAGAUGAGCUGGUGAAGCAGAGGAUCCACCCCACGUCCGUGAUCAGCGGCUACCGCCUGGCCUGCAAGGAAGCGGUCCGGUACAUCAACGAGAACCUCACCAUCGGCACCGACGAUCUGGGCCGGGAAUGUCUCGUCAACGCUGCCAAAACCUCCAUGUCCUCCAAGAUUAUUGGCGUCGACGCAGAGUUCUUCGCCAACAUGGUGGUGGACGCCGCGCUGGCGGUGAAGUUCGUGGACGGGAGGGGCGUGGCCCGUUACCCCAUCAACUCGGUGAACGUGCUGAAGGCCCACGGCCGCAGCCAGAAGGAGAGCUUCCUGGUCAACGGAUACGCCCUCAACUGCACCGUCGGCUCACAAGGCAUGGUGAAGCGUGUGGCCAACGCCAAGGUGGCCUGUCUGGACUUCAGCCUGCAGAAGACCAAGAUGAAGAUGGGGGUCCAGGUGGUGAUCAACGACCCGGAGAAGCUGGACCAGAUCAGACAGAGGGAGUCUGACAUCACCAAAGAACGCAUCCAGAAGAUCCUCGGGUCCGGCGCCAACGUCAUCCUCACCACCGGGGGCAUCGAUGACAUGUGCCUGAAGUACUUCGUGGACGCGGGGGCCAUGGCAGUGCGCAGGGUCCUGAAGAGGGACCUGAAACGCAUCGCCAAGGCGACGGGAGCCACUCUUUGCCCGUCCCUGUCCAACCUGGAGGGGGAGGAGACGUUCGAGCCCACCAUGCUGGGCCAGGCUGAGGAGGUGGUGCAGGAGCUGGUGUGCAACGACGAGCUCAUCCUGGUGAAGAACACCAAGGCCCGCACCUCUGCCUCCAUCGUCCUGCGCGGGGCGAACGACUUCAUGUGCGACGAGAUGGAGCGCUCCCUGCACGACGCGCUCUGCGUGGUCAAGCGCGUGCUGGAGUCCAAGUCCGUGGUGCCGGGAGGGGGCGCUGUGGAGGCCGCGCUGUCCAUCUACCUGGAGAACUACGCCACCAGCAUGGGCUCCCGGGAGCAGCUGGCGAUCGCCGAGUUCGCCCGCUCCCUGCUCAUCAUCCCGAAGACGCUGGCGGUGAACGCGGCCCAGGACUCCACCGACCUGGUGGCCAAGCUCCGCGCCUUCCACAACGAGGCCCAGGUCAACCCCGAGCGCAAGAACCUCAAAUGGAUCGGCCUGGACCUGGUGAACGGGAAGCCCCGGGACAACAAGCAGGCCGGCGUGUACGAGCCCACCAUGGUGAAGACCAAGAGCCUGAAGUUCGCCACCGAGGCCGCCAUCACCAUCCUCCGCAUCGACGACCUCAUCAAGCUCUUCCCCGACCAGAAGGAGGGCGGGCCCUCGUACCAGGACGCCGUCCAAUCCGGAUCCCUGGAGGGCUGAGGCCCCUCCCCCCCCCCCCGAGGCAUGAUGGGAUAGAUGUUAGCCGUUUCUUACUUGUAUUUAUACUAAACGCUUACCGUUCUGUCUCCAUGGCCCUAGGCCCCACGCACUUGCUUGCUCCCAGGCAAAACCGUAGCCCGUGGAAAACUGUUAACACGUUUUUUUUGUUUAUGGACGUUUAAAAUAAAGUGUUCUUCAUGGUCAUGGUGUUGUGUGUGGAGUCUAGUCAGCGUUGUUUUUGUCUCGAGGUAGGACCUGGCGUACAGCGCUUUGCAGUUCCUGUUUUGGUCACACUGUUAUCGGGGUGUUCAUCUCCCGGCCUGGAGAUCCAAUGUCCGCUGACUUCUUUUGCUGGAGUCCCCAACGUCUUGUUUUCAUAGCCUGCAUGUUAACUUGUGUUUGUAAGCAUCAGCCGAUUAUCAGUACGUUCAAGAUUCAUGCAAUAAGAAACUGAUGCCAAAUUAUAACCUACAUCACAGCCAGUCAUACAAGUUUAGUUGAGUAGGAAAUGCAUGGAACUACAUACAUGGGGUAGCAAUAAGUUCAAUAGUAUUGUUUAUUGUACAGUUAAACCAGUUAGUAAACAUGCACAUUUUUAAAGCCAGCAUUAAUUCACAGUUUUAGAAAGUUAAAUAUUCUUCCAUUCUACAGUAAACAUGAAAAUAAAGGCUUGUUAGCCCCUUGGCACUUUUCACAGA